CUGGUGUUUAUAUCAUCCUGCAUGCUGGUUGAAAUUACCCACUAGGAAAUAUGUGCUUGUAUGAGGAUGAUUAAUGAGGAUGAGGCUCAUUCAAAGUGUGCUGAGGCUGUUCCCCUCCCUCUCCCUUUUUGCCUCUCCGUGCAUAUAACCCGGGCUGCUCCAGCCUUUGCCCACUUGCCCUGAGCACGAAAAGUUGCCGCGGAGUUUCUGAGAAUGAGCACUUUUUUCUCUGAGACAGUGUGGCUCUGCCUGGCUGUCACAGCAGCGCUGGGAGGACUGGUUCUUUGCAAAUUCAAGAUGAGCCCAGGGCAGGUGGGGAAAAAGGUGUUCUGCCUGGCUGGCUUCUGUGGAGGGGCUUGUCUGCUCAGCCUGUCUCUCUUCUGGGGCGUGAUCCUCUUCUCCCUGUCAUGUUUCCUCGUGUAUAUUUACUUAUCUGGUCAAGAAUUGUUACCUGUGGAUCAAAAGGCAGUGCUAAUCACAGGUGGUGACUCCGGGAUUGGCCAUGCUUUGUGCAAGUAUCUAGACCACCUGGGCUUCACAGUGUUUGCCGGAGUUCUGAAUGAAAAGGGAUCUGGAGCAGAGGAACUGCGAAGAACUUGCUCUAAACGCUUGUCCGUGCUCCAGAUGGACAUCACCGACCCACAGCAGAUAAAAGAUGCGUACAGCGAAGUGGUGAAAAAGGUGCAGAACAGAGGACUGUGGGCUGUGGUCAACAACGCUGGGGUCCUUGGCUUGCCGGCGGACGGGGAGCUCAUUCCCAUGACAGGAUACAAACGUUGCAUGGCUGUGAACUUCUUCGGGGCCGUGGAAGUCACAAAGGCAUUUCUGCCACUUCUUCGGAAAGCCAAGGGGAGGCUGGUGAACAUCAGCAGCAUGGCGGCUUCGCUUUCCUGUCACCUCCCAGAUAUCGUAGGCUCAAGUGAAAUGUGGGACAAGCUGGAGAAGGACAUGCUGGACCACCUCCCCCCAGACGUGCUGGAGGACUAUGGCCAGGACUAUAUCCUUGAGCAACGGAACUUUGUCAGCUUGGCGCACAAGUUCUCCAGCCCGGAUGUAUGCCCUGUGCUCCAGGAUGUCCAGCGUGCCAUCUCUGCUAAGAGGCCCUUUGCCUUGUACACAGCAGGUUCAGGCUCUUACCUGUCACUCUGCUUCGUUUCCUGUAGCCCGGCUGGCAUAGCUGAUUAUGUUAGCAAAAAAAUUUGUCAAACAAAAAGCUGCUUUGAAAAGAGCAUGCCUAGAGCACUAAGCAUGCCUAACUGGAAGAAUAAGGCCACAUAGGCAAAUAAGUGGGGGAUGUUAUUGUCGUGGAAUGAAAGGGAAACCCAAGCUUCCCAUUAAAGUUGUGGUUUCCUACCUUG